AUGAACGGAACGAGAUCCUACAAAUGGUACCUUGAGAAUGGUUGUGAAAUUGUGCCCCUGAAACGGGGGAUGAACCGGGAGAGCGACUACUCCCUGAUGCUACUGGACAUUCAGGCGGACUUCUCCGAAUUCCUGAUCGAAGAAAAGAACAUCAUCAGUGAUGAAAAGCUAGUGAACCAAGAGGGGGACAUAUUCAAUGUACAGAAAAAACAAUGCAUACAGAAGCAGAAGAAUGCGGGGCUCAUAGAGAGAGAAAAAUAUGUGCAUGAAAUUGAUCAUCUAUGGGCCUAUAUGGAAUGGCAUUAUAAUUUUGAGGACGAGAUAAAGGUGCAAAAGAGCAUAGUGAGUGAUUUAGGUAAGCUGAGGAAAGUGCCAAGACUAUACGUAUCCGCCCAUAUUAUCGAUGGGAUUAUACAUGAAAUGUCCAAGAAUGAAAACAUAUGCAUGUUGAAGUAUACAAGCUAUGAAAGCUUUUACAGUAAAUAUGAUAAUGAAAUGGACAAGGUAAAGGAGCAGGGUGAGAAUAACAUUUACAACCGCUGUAACUACAUAUAUGAAGUUUGCGAUGUGGCAGACAAGUCACUAGUUUUUGCUAGCAGCCCUAUAAUCAAUACAACCAUAAAAAAUGUCCUCAGUAUUACUAAGAGUGGGAAAAAGAGAGAAGACUUUAAUGAAGAACAGGAGGAAAAGGAAGAUAUCGUACAGGACGAAAUAUGGCAAAUCUAUUUAUCAAAAAAAAUUAAAUGUAUAAAUGAUCAGUGGCUACUAAUUUGCAUCAAUGAAGAAAUGAAAAAUAUUAUUGAAAACUGUGGAGAUAUUUAUUUCAAGAUUUUUAAUAAGUACAUAAAAGAGUAUAAUGAUUUUUUGAAGAGCCACAACUACAACACUUCCUUCCAUAAAAAUGACAUACAUUCUUCCACCAUGUUUGGGGGGCACCAUGACGGACACAACAUGUUUGAGAUGAACAAUGGUCCAAAUGAAAGCUUAAAUUCGGAUAAGCUUAAAAAGUAUCGAGUGAAUUUAAUUUUCUCCGGAAAUAAAGAUAUUAACUAUAUCCUUUACAAAUUAUGCCUAGACUUGGGGAAAUUUAAUGACGCAGUUCUGUGCACUAAAAAUAAAACGUACAACAUUCUCCUGAACGAUAUUGACGGGACAUUAGCCAUUUGUUUAAAAUCUUUUUUUUCCAAGUACUACGGGAAUUGCGCAUCCAUGAUGAAUAAUGCGAUGGAGGAGGAGCUAGUCAAAACUCUGUCCAUUAUGGGGCUGUGCAAGGAGAAACUCGUACUAUCUGAGAAACCCACGAUUUUUAGCAACAUCGAGUUGCUAUUUCAGUAUUACCUGAUCGUGCAUAGCGAAUCGUUGGAGGAGGGAAUCGGACAAGAUGGUACCGAAAACGAGGAUGGCGUCAUUUACCUAAGUAGGAGGGCUCUCUUCGGAAACCUACAGUUCUCCACGGAAGAAAUAUGCAGCUACCUACUGCACGUGCAAAAAUACAGCACGAACAACUUGGUGUACGUAAAAAAAAGGGGCUUUAGAUACGUGAAAAGCGAAAUAAUAUAUGAAUUUCUCGUUAAGAUAAUAGAACUCGUGAGUAUCCACGACGAGCUAUACACGCAUCAUCACAUAGAGCCAGGGAGAGGAAGUAGCCCAUCCUUUAAGCAGUACAUGGAAAACCUGCACAAAGUGGUAAGGAAGAGGUAUGGCAUCACACUGAAAAGUUUAGUCAAUCUUAUUCAUCAGAACGAGAACGAGUUUGCUUUUUUAAAAAAUAACAAAAUUCCAAUGGACACGUAUAUCAUCUUGCAACUCUGCUGGAAAUGUUGCGACAUUGAGAACAGGCACUUUGAUUUUUUUAGUCUAUACUACAAUUACUAUUUCUUUUAUGAAUACCUGAAUAAGCAUUCUGAGGAGCUUUCCUUCGAGGGAAUAUUUAAUCAUUAUCUUGAAUUUUUGGAUGACGACAACCAAGUGAACGACACCGUGGUUUACUUCAACCUCUUUAAGUUACACAACACUAUGUCCUUAAACAUCCUGCGUUCCAGUGGCAAGGUCGUUAUUCAUUCGGAUAAACUUUUCACCUUCGACAUGGACAUGCUCACCUAUGUUAAGUACAUCGACGAGAUGUUCCGAAACUUUAAUUCGAAUUUGAUGGACAAAAUUAUACAGGAUUUUAUCAAGUGUUACCAGUUUUUCCUUGACCAUGGUUACGACCGGGGGGUGAAAGGUGUGAAGCUUCAGGCAGUUGCAGCCAUGGACACGGUUGCUGAUGGAUCAGAUGUCGUUGGCUCCGACACCACCGCAGCUGAUAUUUACAAAGACCGAGUGCUCUUCCGAAACAACAAUAUCCUUAACGUUAGCAACAUCAAACAUAUCUGCAACGAUAGCUGCAUGUUCGAAUAUUUUAUCGUGGUCAAGUACUACUACACAGAUAACACCUUUUCCGUGCUAGAGAAAAAACUGAAAAAAUUUAUUCACUCAGUGGAGGAAGACUUCGCAAGUGCGCACAUAACAUCUGCCACGGAUUAUUCUUCCUCUGGAUCUGGAACGGCGGGAAGAGAGACUUCUUACGAGAUGAGACAAAUAAAUAAAGCAAACUGUAAAAAGGCCCAAAGCAACUACUCCUUGAAUUACAAGAUUUUUAAGUACCAAACAACUUCCUUCCCACAAAUACGCCUAAGAAACAACUACAACGAACUCCUAUGCUCCCUUUAUACCCCCCUCUCUAUCCACUUCUCCAUUUUUCACGAAAAUGUAAUUUACAAUAAAAAGCAAAACUCCUUUCAACUCAUCCCUUCCUUCUUGCUUAAGGAAAAUUUGCGCAGUUGCUUAACUGCUCUCUUCACCUUCAAGAAUUCCUAUUUCGCCCAGGAGUUUUACCCCUUUUUGAAUCCUCUGCUGAAUAACAAGGACCUCAUCGGUACCAUCGCCGUCCCACCACUGCGCCAUUGCAGAACCAAACUCAUCGAACGCGAAAAUGAAAAAAACAUCGAGUUCAUGGAAACUGGAAAUAUCGUCUUCUCAACGUUGAAUAGUGACAUGAAGAACUACACCAAGCACGGUGCCUGUUGUCGGAAGUUCGUUGAGAAACUUUGUAAAUUGUACAACUGUAAUUUACCCGUGAACAGCUUCUCCCUUUGA